CGGCUGCCAGGGUCCCAGCCCCCCACGCCAACUCCAGCAUCUGGAGACACUUCCCCGCAUGUGCCGCCUCCGCUCCCUGACCUCGGGCCAGCACUGGCCAUGGCCAUGGGCCCAGCGCUGGCAGGCGCUGGGAGCACACAUGGUUAACACCAGCUGCCUGCGCCGCUGGGCUUAUAUCUGGCAGUGGGAGGGCUGCGCGCCUCGUCCUGCUCCUCCGCUGCCUCCUUUACUUUAUAAAAAGUGCAUUUCCGCCCGGGCUGACGGAGAAGAGGGUGUUGGAGUAGGAGGCAGCCGAUCUGCUGCGGGCAGGCUUUGCCCCGUGCCUGGGGGCAGGCAGGGCAGCAUCGGGGGAUGCUCUAGGGAAGGAAAGGCAGCGCCAGGAGGGAGCAGCCCUGCCCUGGAGGCACUGACACCCUGACUUGCGGCUCUUGGGCAUCCAUGGGAGGCAGCUGGAGCCAGGCUGAGUAGGAACAGUAGUGUUUGCCCCAGGGCUUGGACAGGACUGCUCCACUCCACCGUCAGCUCCCCAGCUCCUGGCAUCUUGCAGGGCAUUGCCACAGCAUGGAGGGGCUUUGGGCGCUCCGUGUCCUGCUGCUUUCCUGCCUGCUGCUGCCCUCCCCCAUGGGGAGCCAGACCAGCCCCAGCCCUGACUGGCGUUUGCAGACAGACCCCGAGGAGGCACCAUCCCAGCACCACACUGCCAGGGCCACACAGGAGCAGAAGGCUGGCAGUGCCCAGGAGGGGCUGCCCCCACGACCCCGCUGCGUCCGCUGCUGCGAGCCACCCGAGCAGCGCUUCUACCCCCAGUACCAGCCCCUGCCUCAGAUCAACAUGACCAUCCUGAAAGGUGAGAAGGGGGACCGUGGCGAGCGAGGCAUGCAGGGCAAGUUUGGCAAGACAGGGGUGGCUGGUAGCAGGGGCCACACAGGGCCCAAGGGACAGAAGGGCAGCAUGGGUGCCCCGGGGGAGCGCUGCAAGAGCCACUAUGCCGCCUUCUCGGUGGGCCGCAAGAAACCCCUGCACAGCAACGACUACUACCAGACCCUCAUCUUUGACACGGAGUUUGUCAACCUCUACGACCACUUCAACAUGUUCACGGGCAAGUUUUACUGCUACGUCCCUGGGAUCUACUACUUCAGCCUCAACGUGCAUACCUGGAACCAGAAGGAGACAUACCUACACAUCAUGCGCAAUGGGGUGGAGGUGGUGAUCCUCUACGCCCAGGUGAGCGACCGUAGCAUCAUGCAGAGCCAGAGCGUCAUGCUGGAGCUGCAGGAGCAGGAUGAGGUUUGGGUGCGGCUCUACAAGGGCGAGCGCGAGAAUGCUGUCUUCAGUGAUGAGUACGACACUUACAUCACUUUCAGCGGCCACCUCAUCAAGUACAGCGGGGACCCCUGAGCACCUGCUCCAUCCUGCUCCCCCUCCCCUGGAGCGGGUGUCCAAGGAGCCCUUGCUGCCCCUCCACCCAGGGCAUGCCACCCAUCAUUAAGCUGUUAGCCCUUAUAUGUGCCACUACCCUCAGCAGCUGCAUGAGUGUGUAAAUACCCCCACACCCAGCUCCUCAAGGCCAAUUGGAUGCACCUGGAGGAGUCUGAGCCAUUUCCAGGCCCUGUUCCAUUUGUGACCCAGGAAGCGGCUGCCCAACUAGGGCAGGCAGAAAGCUCAUCCCUACCUGCACGUGCUUCAGAGCUGGGUUUGCUGGGACACAGGCAUUAGUGGCACUUACUGUGAGCUGGCACCAGCUGAACGGGUUUGACAGCCAGUGCCUUGGUGUGAGGCAGCACAGACACGUGCACUGUGUUCCUUCCCUGCCUCGCUCACCUUGUGCUGUGCUCUGCAGGCUCCUUCUCCUGGAAAAGGGGCAGAGGGUCCUCAGAAUCCAGCAGGAAAGGCAACAAAACCACUAAGGGCCCCUCUUUCCUUCCACAGAGCUGCGUCCCAAUGGCGUGGCUUUUGCAGCAUGGCACUGGGUACCCUUUGGGCUGACACAUCUCCCAAGCACUCCCAUGGGGGAGCAGAUUGCAUCAGUUCCCCUCUGCAAGGCCCCGUCACAGUCCCCCCUUGCCGCAGCCUCUGCUCAGUGCUGAGGAGGGGCUGGCUCCCUGCUGGCAGCCCUGGGUGCGGGGCCUUUGGCCUUAGCUGCUUCCUUCUCAGCUAGAUUGUCUGCUGGCCAGGCUUUGUAUUUUUAUAGAUGCAACAGCAGAGUGGGGCCCACGGCAGUGUGCUGCCCCCUGUACAGCUUCUGACCACAAUAAACACCCCAUGAUUUUGAGUCCUAUUCCUAC